AUGGACGAGUCGCCGCUGGUCAAGGCGCAUGACCAUGCCAAAGCCGCCUCCAACGCGACGCACCAGUCCGAGACUACGGUCGCAAUCAACGAACAUGCCCUCGCCGCGGGAGAAUUCGCAAACGCCGCUCGUUCCACCGCCAGCCUCGAAGCGCUGCGCACCCUGAGGCUGCUGGAACAACACCACAAACAUCUCUCUGAGCUCCUCAAGAUUCCCCUCGACCGCCGCACAAGCCAGGCCUCCAAUAUCGACACCAUCGACGAGAAGGCAGAGUCGCAGGCCUCCGAGACGACCAGCAUCUCCGCCUCGGACGAUGCGCCAACCAAGUCAGAGACCGCCGGCAGCCCGGCCGCGACGGCCAAGCACCCUCCGUCCCUGACGCAGCCUCGUCGCUACCCCAGUCGCGAGAUGACCUCGUCCAUUGCGAGCAACCUCGCUUCGGCGCGCGGAAUCAGGGGCGGCAGGAACCGCAGCCAGCCUAUUCCGCCCAGCGUUACGAACGACCAGGCGCCGGGCAACAUGGAGGGGCAGGCGAGGCGUGAGGGUUCGAGGGCCAAGAUGCAGAAUGUCUUGGACCAGUCAGGAAAGCCAGCUUGGAUACCGCCGACGCACGCCGAACCGCAGCGCCAGGAGCCCAAGAAGACGGAGGAGGUCGCUUCUCCAGCCAGCGACGACGGAUACUCGCGCUUCUACAACACUUUUGGCAGCAUCAUCAACCGUCUCUCGGCCCCCCUGGCCUUCGCCGGCCUGCCCUUGAUCUCCGAAGAGUCGCCCGCCCCUGAACCAGUCGAAGUCCCCGAGCCAGCGCCCGUCAAGCGCAACAGACUCAAAUCGCCAGCGACCACGGCCGAACCCGACCUCUCGAAGAUCUACUCGCGUAACACCCUUCGUGCCCUCUCCGCAAACAACCCCAACGACUCCUUCUACGUCGUCCCCACGAGCGGCCACACGGUCUCCUACGCCAACAUUCUCAACUUUGCCGACAAGGAAAAGCGUCGUAUGGAGGCCUCCCUCCACGGCGUCGGCAGCCUUAUCGAAGACGACGAGGACGAUUUCGUCGACGCGCGCGAGACCCCUUCAGCCCCGGUCUCCCCCGGUGCGAAGCGCCGAGGCGGCAGGACCCGCUCCGAACGCGACCGGGCCGAGGAACAUCGCCUCGAAAACGAGUGGCUGAAAGACACGCUCGACAAGCUCAGCAAGCGCCUACACGCCUUCGAGGCCAGCGCUCAGAGCUCCAGCAUGGCUCUCGCGGAGAGCAUGCGCCUGCGUCCGCCCGCAUCGCCAUCGGGACUCGGCGGGGCUGGCAGCGGCGCAGGUGACGCAGUAUUGCGAGCACGUAACAAGGAUCUCGAAGAGCAGCUCGCGCUCGCGAUAGAGCGCAUGGAAGCCCUGGAAAAGGAGAACAAGACGAUGGCCCGCACGCUGGAGAAGUAUCGCGACAAAUGGGACAAGCUCAAGGCGGGCGCGAAGGCAAGAAGGCAGGCGCAGGGGUCGGCUGAAGUCGCCGCUCAAGAGGCGGAGGAGACGGGCGGUAGCUAA